CAGAUCCGAUCUUACCAUUCGGAACCAAAGUUUACAUCCGAUACUGACGCGAGAAAUCUAAAUCUUGGAUCCAUAGAUGGGAUCGAAAUUCGAGUUUCUAUCCAAACCGGUAAAUUCUCAGGCCUACUUGACGUGACAAAGAUUUCCUGCGCUAAAACUCCAUCUGUUCGCGUGGUUUGAUGGUGCGAAUUACACAGCUUGUACAACCCCUACGAAAAAGACCCUCUCCGUCCACCUGCAAAAGUAGAGAGAGGCUUGUGAGCGCUAAUGGCGAAAUUAGGGUUUGACAAGCAUGUUAAAGCUUAUCUGAAACGUCCCAUGAAAGCACUAAUUUCGUUAAUAAUGGUCUUCUUCUUGCAUUUUAACCUUGCCAUGGUGCCCCGCUUCUGUAAUUCUUGUUCUCUCCUUGCCAUGCUCGUUCUUUCAGCAUGCAUUCUUGUGGCUGUCACGGCCUGUGGCAUAUGCUGCCGGCGCCUGCUCGGUGGUGUUUUGGCGUCCGCACCUGCAGCUGUUUUCUUCCAUAUUUUUUUCAUUUGGGGAGUUUACACUUUCAUUGUUAGGAAAGCUGUUUCAUCUUUUGUUGACGCAUCAUUCAAUGUGGAAUGUGGUUUACUUGUAUUUGGUCUAUGUAGGAUGCUUUCUGGUGAUCCAGGAUUUAUCAAAUGCAAUGGAACUUAUUUGGAUCGACUGGAUCAAAAUGGCACCCAUUGUUCCUUGCGUGUAAGAUACUGUAAGAGGUGUGAGGCACAUAUCUGGGGCCUUGACCACCACUGCCCUGCUUUUGGAAAUUGUAUAGGUGAAAAAAAUCAUCAUCUAUUUAUGGUUCUUUUACUUGGAUUUAUUGUUGCUGAGGCAUUAUACAUAUGGUGUUCAGUUCAACUUACAAUGGAUCUCCAGAUUUUGGACAAAACUAGAUUUGAGAGUUAUUUCGCUGGAAACUUGGCCAUCAGCACAACGCUAUUCUGUCUUCUUCAAGUAGUAUGGCAGUUGGUGUUCCUGAUGUGGCACAUUUACUGCAUCUGCUGCAACAUCAAAACAGAUGAAUGGGUAAAUUGGACAAAAUAUUCGGAGUUCCAGACAGUAGUACAACCUGAACCAGGGAUCCCAUUUGAAAGAAUAAGGUUUAAAAAUCCAUAUGACAAGGGAAUAAUAAACAAUAUUAAGGAAUUCCUACAGUUGGGAAGGCAAAGAUAGCUGGGGCCCAAUGAGGUAUGAAUAUAAUGUACCGUCCAUAUCGAUGAUUUCCUAGUUCUGGCUGACUAGAACAUGUACGCCUUUUCUGAAUUACCGGUAGUUCUCAUUGGAGAAUCAACUUGGCUCUCGGAACAAUUUGGGAAACGGCUACAAUGCAAAUCUGCAUAUUUUGGUCACCAUUCAUUUUAUGGUAGGUUGACGGAGGGUAGAUUCAACAAAUGUGCCAACCACUUGAGUUGCAGGUUGACGUAAUUUUGUCACAUUGGCUCUUUCUUGACAUUACAUGGUGUUGAUUUCUGUAUUGUAGGAGUAACCAACCAAGGCCAUUGUAUUGGAAGGGUGGUAUCUUGGUAAGUUGUUUCUUUUGUUCAUCAUUACAAAGUACCCAUCCAAUUGAAGGUCUUCCCAUGUAUAGAUGUUUAAGAUGACAGAUAUUUCCGACUCUGUAGCAAAGCCACAGUGGAAUCCUGAACCCCAACAUCCUUGUUAACGGGUGUUUUAGGAUUCUCAGUAACAUUUCCUGAGUUGGUCGUGGUGUUGUGCAAAUACAGGAUGGGCACAUUUGAGUUUGUUUGGAUUUUAGUUGUUGGGAUCAAGGGAUGCAUUUUGUUGGAUUUUUAGAGCUUCUUUUUCGGUUUUUAGUGUUGUAGGGAUUUUAGAGAGUUUCGGAAAAUGGUUUAAGUUAUUGUUUAGUCGUGUAGCAUUAUCAUUUGAAGUAUUGGAAUUUCGUUCAAGUUGGGUUUUACAA